AAAAAACCCUCCAAAACCCUGCACUGCACUCACAAACCAAAAUGAGAGCCGCUCUCAAGAGAAACGCCACCGUUUCCCAGCUUUUACAGUCACACAAUAAGAAAUUCACCUCCUUUUUCACUGACCCGGUUGCCAGAAUAUACCGAAGCCCGCUUAAAAACCAGGCGCAGAAAGAUUACAACAAGUUCCCGAAUUUUUGGAGGAAAUCCGUCAGGGAAUACAAUGAGGUCUCUCCUUCCCUAUUUUCUUCCGUCUUUUCUGCGUUUAUUUCCCGAACCCCGUCGUCUUCGAAGACUGGGUUCGUGGGGUGGUACUUGGGGAUGGUGAAGUCACGGCCUGUGCUUACAAAGAGUAUCACCUGCGCGCUUAUUUAUACUGCUGCUGAUUUGUCGUCUCAGACUCUUUCAUCUUCAAAACCUUUUGAUUUGGUGAGGACUUUACGUAUGGCUGGAUAUGGGAUGAUAGUUUUAGGACCAUCUUUGCAUUUUUGGUUCAACUUUGUGUCGAAAGUCUUUCCUAAGCGAGAUCUAAUAACUACCCUGAAGAAAAUCGCCAUGGGACAGAUACUUUAUGGGCCUUUAAUGACAGUAGUUUUCUUAUCAGUGAAUGCAUGUCUGCAAGGUGAGAAUGGUGAAGAGAUUGUUGCUCGAUUAAAACGAGACCUGCUCCCUACCCUGAUAAGUGGCAUUAUGUACUGGCCCUUAUGUGAUUUUAUCACAUUCAAAUUUAUCCCUGUUCAUUUACAGCCCUUGGUGAGCAAUUCAUUUUCAUAUCUAUGGACAAUCUAUUUGACAUACAUGGCAAGCCUCGACAAAGCCGGCAUAGCUGAUUGAAAUAGCCUUGACAAGCCUCAAGAUAAAGGUUUACAUAAAAUUGCUGGUGGUUGCAUGCAGUGUUACAUGUAUAAUCUUUUACUGUUGUCAUAGGUUGGCAAUUGCAGUAUCUUCAUCUGAAGCUAGGUCAAAGCAGAAAUUUAUGAGCUCAAUCCAUUUCUGAUGUAGCUCAUGCUGCAACCAUUUUUUCCAAUUUAAUUAAUUAAUUUUUUAAGGAGAACUACAUUUACUUUGCAGUAAUUCAAAUAGACAAAUAUGUUAAGGUUGUAAAGCAGUUAGGUACUAGUCUUACAGAUGUUUAAUCUGAAAGUUAGUCAAGUAUUGCCCCAUUUUUUGUUCACCAAACACAUUCUAAACUUCUGUAAUAGACAUCAUUUACAUCUUAAUUUAAAUUGUUUCCCAGUUAUCAAA